CUACCUUUCGUCUGAGUACUUUUGUCCUCAAACAAACACAACACAAAUCCACCACCACUGAAAGUAUACAUAUUAAUAUUAGCAUAGAAAGUGACAAACGAAGAAGGCAGAGCCGCAAGGGGGGGCGGGAGGGGGUUGUUUUCGCCACGUCCGGUGGGUAUUGCCUACUCGCUUUUGCCUGUUGGGUAUUCGACGAAAUUUUCUAAUGUGUGAGUACAGUGUAUAAAAUAAUCAGAGGGGAACCGCGGUACCAGGAGAAGGAGGGAAGAGGGAGAAAGAGAAAGGAGAAAACGACCGACAUCGCGCGCUUGGUCAGCCACUGUUGACACGUGGAAUUCCGGUCCCGCUCAAACCGACUUCAUCCUUAAGGGAGGUAUCGCCAUUCCCUCCCUCUUUUCUCGGGGAAAUCUUCUGAUCUUCCUCUGUUUCCGUCUGUCUUCGCGCUUCCCUUCUUCGAAUGUGAGAUUUUUUUUUCAAUUGGGGUGUUUUGUUAUCCAAGCUGACGAUGCAGCGACUUGUUGAUCACGGCCUCGCAGUCACCAAAGAGUCAGUCAAGACAUUUACAUAUGAAUCUUUGAACAAUAUAGUGCGGCUGAUAAAUGGAAUUUCAGCACUUCUGCUGGUAAUAUUGCCAGGAAAAGCCACUAUUCUUGAAGGUAUCCAUGGCUGGGAACUCAGACCAACUUUUCGUGGACCUCGACUUCCCCGUUGGAUGGAAAAUGGUGUCUCUUCCUUCAACCAAUUCAUUCAUGAACUUUCCAUGGAUUCUGGUGCUUCAUCAACCAUGGAUUACUCAUCUGGAGAAGAAGAUAGUGAUGAUAACAUGCAUUCCAUAUCUCCCUUAUCCCAGGCUUCACGUGCAUCCCGAACAACUAGUUUCUCCAAGUAUGAUAGACGUCAAGCACGCUGGAUCAAGCGCUUAUUUUCAUGGAUCUUUUGGCCUGUAACGUUUCUUCUUGGGUUGCCUUUUCAUCUUUAUCGUUUAUUUCGGACAACCUCUAGCUCCACUCGAGGCCACCACCCAUCACAUUUACACACUACCAAGAAAUCAAACCUCCUUAAGGACCAGAUUUUUCAGCGAACCACAGACAGGCGGCGUGGGGUUGUUGAGGACCUUCAACUAGCAAUUGAGAUCUCCAUAGAAGCCAUCUUUGACAUUUUCCACAAGGCAGCACAUUGUCUACUUUCCCCAUCAGAAGCCUUCAGAAUAUUAUUUAAUUGGUUUUCUACCAGGGAUAGUAGCAGUGAACAUGUAAUUUCUGGUGGUUUAGAUGCAUCUGUUCCCACAGCUACCCUUGGAGAAAAUGAUCCUACACCUACCGAAAGGCAUGUCACUCUCCAUCAGUCUCUAAAUACAGAUGCACGGACAUGCCAAGAUGUCAUAACUGAGCUUGGAUACCCAUAUGAAGCUAUUCGCUUGGUUACUUCUGAUGGCUACGUCCUUCAUUUGGAAAGGAUUCCAAGGCGCGAUUCUCGGAAAGUAGUAUAUCUACAACAUGGGAUAUUGGAUUCGUCCAUGGGCUGGGUGUCCAAUGGAGUUGUUGGCUCUCCUGCAUUUGCAGCAUUUGAUCAGGGUUAUGAUGUCUUCCUCGGGAACUUUCGCGGUUUGGUUUCCAGGGAACAUGUUGACAAGAAUAUUUCCUCUCGAUGUUAUUGGAGAUACUCGGUCAAUGAGCAUGGGACGCAGGAUAUACCUGCAAUGAUAGAGAAGAUCCAUGAAAUUAAAACCUCCGAACUGAAGAGUAGCCAAUCCAGUCUUGAAGAAGAAACCAGUAAGGAUCAGCCUUACAAACUUUGUGCGAUCUGCCAUAGUUUGGGAGGGGCAGCUAUAUUGAUGUAUGCAAUAACACGCCGGAUUGAAGAGAAACCCCAUAGGCUAUCAAGGUUGAUUCUGUUAUCACCUGCGGGCUUCCAUGGUGACUCCAACAUAGUAUUUACAAUAUUAGAAAACCUAUUUCUCAGGUUGGCUCCAAUAUUGGCACCCCUUGUGCCAGGAAUAUACAUACCAACCAAAUUCUUCCGGAUGUUACUGAACAAGUUGGCCAGGGACUUCCACAACUACCCAGCCCUGGGAGGUCUGGUUCAGACUCUCAUGAGUUAUGUCGUGGGUGGUGACAGCUCAAAUUGGGUGGGGGUGUUAGGGUUGCCUCACUACAACGUGUAUGACAUGCCUGGAGUGUCCUUUUAUGUUGCUCUUCACUUAGCACAGAUGAAGCAUGCAGGGAAGUUCAUAAUGUAUGAUUAUGGGAGCCCAGCUGCCAACAUGAGAGUAUAUGGAUCCCCUGAGCCCUUGGAUCUAGGUGAGUACUAUGGGCUCAUUGAUGUGCCUGUUGAUCUUGUUGCUGGGAGAAAGGAUAAGGUGAUAGAAUCAUCCAUGGUUAAGAAACAUUAUAAAUUGAUGAACAAUUCAGGCGUGGAGGUCUCAUUCAAGGAGUUUGAAUAUGCCCAUUUGGAUUUCACAUUCUCUCACCGGGAAGAACUCUUGGCCUAUGUCAUGUCACAACUGAUGCUUGUUGCGCCCGCACCCAAACAGCAGAGCACUCAGAAACAGAAAGCCACGAAAUUGAAGAAAAAAGAUGUGAAUGGACCACCCAAUGAAAGAUAAUGUCUAGAAAACGCUUGUCAACAUGGAAAGUGCAGAAGCUGAGGAGGAUUAAGCCCCCCUGGCGUAUCUACUGUUUGGUGCAUAAAAAAAAAAAUGGUAUGUUUGUUUUAAGUUUAUACUCAACCGGUGUAUACAAAUUUACCCCAGUGUGGUCGAUAGUUACUUGGGUUUAUGUCUCUUUAUCCAUUUCCCUCAUCCUUGCAGAGAGGUACAACAGUUAGAAGAAUGUACCUGUUAAGGUCACCAACCAUAACCAGGUCAUACUUGUAAUAGAGAGUUGUACACGCACUGAUGAAAAUAGUUUGUAUAUUCUCACAGGAAAGAAACUGAAAGGUCAUAAGAGUAUAUAGUUGUAUCACUGCGUGGUGAAAACCGAACAUUCAUUUAGGUUAUUAUCUUUUGUUUUUUGGUGAGUCAUUUAGGCUAUAUUUUUGGUACUUUUGUUUAGUUUCUAUCAAAACAAACACAGCCUUAAGAGGUUAUAUAAUGCAUUAAUGCAAGAAUGUAAUUUGAUGUACAUUUGGUACAAGUACAACUGUUCCAUUUAUA